AUGGCAGCAGAAACAAAAAUUCGGGUGAGAAAAACGUGGAAAAAAAUUGUGAAUUUACUAAUUUUCCAAAAGAUUUCAGCGUUUGAAAGAAGUUAAGGUAAAAUUGGAUGGCCGGGAAUACACAAUACCGCCAUUUUUUCGCGAAAAAAAGGAUUCAAAGGGCGACGAUCGGACGCUUUUAAACGACACUUUCAUCGAGUUUUACAUGUGCAAUUAUAUGUACAAACACAUUUUCCCCCAAGAUUUGUGAGUUUUUUAACAAUUUCUUUUUUUAAUUCAAAAUAUGUCUGCAGAAGAGCAAAAUGUCAAGUGUUCGGCUCGUUUUUCUACACGUCACUCCAGAUGCGCAUUCGGACGAAAAUCAAAGAACCGCUCAAAAGAUCCGAGGUGAAAAACAUCAUUUUUGCGUUGAACCAGUGAAAUGUUUGCAUCUUUUGAGCUCCUCGAGGCGUACGACAAAAUUUUUCGGAAAAGAGACACGAGCGUUCUGGACAAGGAACUUUUGAUCAUUCCGGUGCACAUCGAGACGCCCAAACACUGGUUUGUCCCUGUUUUUCGUAGAAUUCUAACAAACAAUUGAAUAGUUUCUAAAAAAAAGCCGCGGUAAAAAAAAGAGAAAUUUGCUUUAAAUUUUUUAGGUUUCUGGUGCUCAUCCACAAUCCGGCAGGAGCGAUUCGCCACUUUUUCGAGGUCCGUCCGGGCGUACAUGACGUGGAUUUCGAUGAAAAUCAAAUGGAUUGUCGUAUUAUUAUCAUGGACAGCCUGUUCGGAUGGCCCAAAUAUCGGUACGCGAAUAUUUUAAAACAUUUUUUGAACUAAAGAAAUGGCAGAGCCCCGCUGACAGUGCACCACAAUCAAGUGUCCGAAAAUUUGCGGCUGUGGCUCCAAAUGACGGCCGCCGUGGCCCAAAAAGAGCUGAUGGCCGCGAGAGUCAGGUAUUAUCGUGCAAACAUUCUUUUUAAUAUUCGAUAAUUUUGCAGAAAGGUAGUGUGCGAAAAGCUUCCGCGCCAGCAGAAUUCCUACGAUUGCGGCAUUUUUAUGAUAGUCUGCGCCGAGUAUUUCACCGUUUACAAUUCACAAUGGAUGGUAGGCCUUUAUGAAAAUUUGGAAAUGUGUGAAUCGCGAUAGGUCUAUUGAGCAUGAAGUUUUCGUGAUUGGCAGAGCUGGGCAAUUGGCCGCCCCUUGACCUGGACUUUUCACUCACUUUCAAUUAUCCGAUCGGGCUGAAACUUGAACCCAAUGGCCCUAAAUCGAAGUCCAAGAAGCCUGCAGAGUUUGAGUCCGAUCAGAUAAUUGCAAGUGAGUCAAAAGUCCUGGUGAUCGGUCUGUCAUGCGUCUAUUGAAGAACCCGCUCCGAGUUCUGAAUGGGCGCACCACGUAACACAAGACACAAUAUAGAACACAAGAGACGUUCCUAAUUUUCAGGCGUACGACACGGAAACGCUGAAAUAUUUGCGAAUGGACGCGUCGAACGAGCAGUCGCUGGCGACGGAAGAGCCCCGUCUACGCCUGGAACGUCUUCUCGAAGCGCUGAAAGUCGAAAGUCACUGA